ACUCGAGCGCCUCAUAUACAUUUACCACAGUUCCCGUGUACUCCAGGUGUAAGACCUUCUUCUCUGUGGAUGUGUUAGGAAGGCGAGUGGUAACUAUCUACCGUGCAUCUACAACGUAGGAGUUUUCGAGUGCAGUUUCCGGGUCUUUAGUAGAUAAGAUUAGAUCCCAAUUCUACUUUGGUCUUGCUUGGAGCGUUGGAUUUCGGUGACCAACAAGCUCCACCUUUCCACUCUGAACAGUACUUGCAGCAGCAAGAAAUCAUGGCAGGUUCAAGAAAGAACAAAAUCAAGAAGUUCGUCUCUCCAUCACAAAGCAGCACUCCAGAUCAGGCCCAAACCGAGGACAAUGAUCAACUCGUAGACGACCUGCUUGCAGAGCUCGACUCCCGGAACCAGACUGUACAGCAACAAUCAGCUACCGUGUUGCUAGAGAUUCAAGAACAUCAAGAGAAUACAGCUAAAGACAAUUCUCGACCGGCCAAGAAAAAGCAGGAUAGUAGGAGCCGACAUGAAGCGCGACAGGCGAAAAAGGCGGCAGCCUUGGCUCAGAAUCAUGCACCUAUUGAUCCGGAAGCAGACGCAAGACUGGAGAGGGAAGCAAAGGAAGAAGAGAUAUCAAUUAAGGAGACAUGCGACAAGCUUGGGGUACAGACGCAUGAGAUACCACCGGAUGGUCAUUGUCUUUUCUCUGCCGUGGCGGACCAGCUAGCACUCCUUAACAUACUUCCUCCCAACCAAGCCAACUACGUCACCGUCCGCGCUGCUGCAUCAAACUUUAUCUAUACUCACCCAGACGACUUCCUGCCUUUCCUGCCAUCCGCGUUUGGCGAAGAUGGCGUUGGCGCAACAAGUACAGGCUUCAUGACCCCACAACAAUUCGAGCAGUACUGUAUGACGAUCAAGGACACCGGUGCCUGGGGUGGAGAACCAGAGAUCCUGGCACUCAGUCGAGCAUAUAAUGUUCCCAUACAUGUCGUGCAGGGUGGUGUUCCCCGGAUUGUUGAACACAACCCGGGUCCGUCACCUCGGCCGUUUUCUAAGGUAGCUCGUAUCAGUUUCCAUAGAAGGAUGUAUGGGCUAGGGGAGCACUACAACUCUUUACGACCCAAAACUACCAUUGCACAAGUGGCUGGCAGGAUUCAGUCCGCAUUCUCUUGAUUCACAUACGUGAUAUCCCAUUUAUAUUUUGAAGGGGUACGGAAUACUCAA